AGAACAGAAGAGAAGCAAUCCAAAACCAGCACAAUCCCCACUCCUCUCCCGUCUCCUUCACCAUUCCCAUGGCCUACCAAGCCAGCGCCUCCGGCGACUCCUCCGCCGUCGACCCCGACAGCGGCUACUGUUCCACCACCAAGACCUUCCACAGCCUCCGCCCCCACGUCCCUCUCCCUCCCACCUCCCAACCCCUCUCCAUCUCCCACUACGCCCUCUCGCUCCUCCCCCCCUCCUCCUCCUCCUCCUCCCCCUCCUCCACCUUCCUCGUCGACGCCCCCUCCGGCCACCGCCUCUCCUACCCCGACUUCCUCCGCCGAGUUCGCUCCCUCGCCCUCUCCCUCCAGUCCCGCUUCUCUCUCUCCAAGGGCGACGUCGCCUUCGUCCUCGCCCCUCCCUCCUUGCACGUCCCCGUCGUCUACUUCUCCCUCCUCUCCAUCGGCGUCGUCAUUUCCCCCGCCAAUCCUCUCGGCUCUCCCUCCGAGAUCGCCCAACAGUGCCGCCUCUGCCGGCCCACCAUCGCCUUCUCCACCUCCCAGAUCGCUCCCAAGCUACCUAGGGUCCCGCGCGGCACCGUCCUCUUCGACUCGCCCGAGUUCGAUUCCAUGCUGACUGGGUACGGCUGGAGCGGCGACGGUCCCGCGGCGGAGGCCAUGCCUCCGAACCGGGUCGAGCAGUCCGAUUCGGCGGCCAUCCUGUUCUCGUCCGGCACGACGGGCAGAGUCAAAGGAGUCCUGCUGACUCACCGCAAUCUGAUUGCGCUGCUCGCCGGGCUUUAUCACCUGCAGGGGGAGCGAGACGAGUCGGUGCCCAACCCCGUGUCCCUCUUCACGCUGCCUCUGUUCCACGUGUUCGGGUUCUUCAUGCUGGUCAGAGCGUUCGCGCUCGGGGAGACGGCGGUCCUGAUGGAUAAGUUCGAUUUCGUGGCGAUGUUAGGGGCGAUCGAGAAGUACCGAGUGACGUACAUGCCGGUGUCCCCGCCACUGAUCGUGGCGUUCGUGAAGUCGGAGAUCACGGGGAAGUACGAUCUGAGCUCGCUCCAGGCGCUAAGGUGCGGCGGCGCCCCGCUCGGGAAGGAGGUCGCUGACCGGUUCAGACACAGGUUCCCCCACGUGCAGAUCGGCCAGGGAUAUGGUCUGACAGAGACUUGUGGCGGGGCAACUAGGAUGUUGGGGCCUGAUGAGGCAAACCACCAUGGUUCUGUCGGUCGCAUAGCUGAAAAUAUGGAAGCAAAGAUAGUUGAUCCUACCACUGGGGAGGCCCUGCCUCCUGGUCAGAGAGGAGAGCUAUGGCUGCGAGGCCCAACUAUCAUGAAAGGUUAUGUAGGGGAUGACAAGGCAACUGCCGAGAUAAUUGACUCGGAUGGUUGGUUGAGGACUGGUGACCUUUGUUAUAUUGACUCCAAGGGGUUCUUAUUCAUUGUGGACAGACUGAAGGAGUUGAUUAAAUACAAGGGAUAUCAGGUUGCUCCUGCUGAGUUGGAACAUCAUCUUCAUUCCGACCCUGAUAUAACAGAUGCUGCUGUGAUUCCUUAUCCUGAUGAAGAAGCAGGGCAGAUUCCCAUGGCUUUUGUGGUUAGAAAACCUGGAAGCAAAAUUACUGAAUCUCAGGUUAUGGACUUCAUUGCUAAACAGGUUGCUCCAUACAAGAAGAUACGGCGGGUAGCUUUCAUCAGUAGCAUCCCAAAAUCUCCGUCAGGGAAGAUCUUGAGGAGAGAACUUGUUCUGGCUGCAUCUGGCAGAUCGGCUAAUUUGUAG